AUGCAAUCAUUAAUUUGCCAAUAUCAUGUUCCUAUCUGUUUGCCAAGCAAUUGGUCUGAUUAUGCUCUUAUGAAUAUUAAAAGCCUUUAUUCUCCAAAUUACCAAUUUAAUGAUCAUGAAAUAGAUGCUUGA